AUGGUUGAACAGCUAUACAAAAACUCGGCCAGUGAGUCGCCCGUGGUGAUUCGCAUGGCCAAUUGGGAGAGCGAGCGCGAGGCGGUCGAGCAGAUUUUGCUUGAAUACGAGCAAGGUUUGGCCAUAGACCUUUGCUUUCAAGGCUUCGCCCAAGAGUUGCAAAACCUGCCAAUAAUCUAUAAGGCCCCUGAGGGCGCUAUGCUAUUGGCUUGGGUAGAUGGGCAAUUGGCAGGUUGCUGCGCCCUGAGGCCGUUGCCCGAAUCGGACCAUACCAACGCUGCGGAAAUGAAGCGUUUAUUUGUGCGCAAGGCUUUUCGUGGCUUUGGUUUAGGGCGUAUGCUAAGUGAGGCAACGCUGGAGGCCGCUAAAAUGGCGGCUUACGACUGCGUUUUAUUGGAUACUUUGGAGGAUAUGCAAAGCGCGCGCAGUCUCUACGCUGAUUUGGGCUUCUACGAAAUUGACCCCUACUACGAUAGCCCCAUAAAAGACGCCCAUUAUCUUAAAGCGGAUCUGUAG